GAGAGGUUGACAGUAGUUAACAUUUCAAAAGUGAAUCCCAAAACCCCUGUUUAUGAGCCUCAAUUUCACGAAUGUCGACGUCCAAAGCAAGAAGCACGAGGAAGGAAGGAUCCGAGUCCGAGCUCCCCAAACCGGCCAAGCGGAACCCAGUCGAUGAUGAAUUCGAUUUCGACUUCUCCAAUGAUAUCAAAGGCAUUGUGUCGGCACUGCACCAGAUCAGAGAGAAGGCUCAGAAGGACGGUCAGAAGAAGAACGAAGAGACUAUCUCCAGUGUGGCCUCUGAGAUAAAGUCAACAAUUGAGGUGUUGAAGUCGAAAAUUGAGAAGGAUAGACAAAGUUUUGCCAAAGCACUUUCGAAGAGCUCAAAAGAGUGUGAAAGCUGCUUGAAGAAUGAGACUGCAAAGUUCCAAUCACUCUAUGAGAAGUUUUUCAAGGAGAGAGCUUCUCAUCUGCAGGCCUUAAAAGAUACGAUUUCAAGAUUUGAAGAAGAAAAGGAAAAGCUAUUCACUCGAUAUGAACAACUAAGGAAGAGAGAAAGGACUAUGAUAUCAGAACAAGAAAAAUCCUGUGCUGAUAAAAUUGCUCAAUUGGAGUCGUCCUUAAAAAAGAAGAAGCAGGAUGACAAGACUUUCAGCAUUCUGAGGAAAACCCUCGGCUCCUUUCUGGACAAUGCUUCAGAUGAGGACUUCCCACCUGAUGAUUGAAGAUUGCUUCAACAGAGUGCUGCAACCUCUUUCAACCUUGUGAAAAAUGGGCAGGUUUUGAUUUCCUAUCUCUAAGAAACCUUUAUAAUACGCCUUCCACUUUCAUGCAGGAAAUAAAAACACUCUUAAAAACUUGCCCUUGUCUGGAUGGUUGCUCUUAUGGUUCUGUACAUUCCCUUGAUUAAUUCUCAUCCUACCAACUUGGAUUGUUAGUUCUGUUUAACAUUUUUCUCCAUGAAUUUAGUAUAUAAUGAUAUUAAAUGUGAAGAAUUCCAUGCCAUAACAUCAUGAGUAGUCUCACCGGCUAUCGUCCUUGCCCACCAUUCUUUUCCUUUUGGCCACGAUGGCGAGGCGCUAUCUCCCUUCUUCUGACAGCACAGUUGAACUGUUGACAUCGGCCAGCCGGAUAUUCUAAGUUCCAGGGUUGGGUCGGAGAGAACCAGUGUUAUUUUUCUUCAGAAUCCAAAAAACCAAAAUAUACAAUAGUCGUUUCGA